AGCGGAGCGGAGCGGCCCGGCCGCUUGAUGUCGGGAAUGAUCUACCGCCAGAGUCACCAUGAGAGCUGCCUGCGGGACCCCGCUGCCCACCGAGCGGCCCCGGCCCCGGCCCCCGCCCCCGCCCCCGCCCCGGCCCCGCCGCGCUUCACCGGCCGCUCCGAGCCCGAGCCCGAGCCCGCGCUGGGGGGCCUCGUCAACGGCUGCUGCUCCGCGGGCGAGGUGGCGGCGGGGUCGGGGACGGGGUCGGGGUCCAGGCCGCGGGCGGGCGGCUCCGCAUCCUCCUCCUCCUUGUCCUCGUCGUCGCCGGCCUCGUCGCUCUCCUCCUCGCCGGGGGAAGCGAGCACCGGCCCGGGCUUGGAGCUGGAGUCGGUGCCCGGGGACUCUGCUCCUUGCCCGCGGCUCCGGGGCGAUGGCAGCGGGGAUGAGGACAGGUCCAGUCCCAGCCCCAGCCCGGGGCCGGGAGCAGCCUGACAGCCCCGGGCCCCACAACAACAACAACAAGGCGCCACACUACAUGGACGGCAACCUCCACCCCGGCAACUCCUUGCAAGCGAGUCGGCGGCAGAGCGCAGCCGAGCAGCUGGAGGACGGGCUGGAGCUGGAGCUGGAGCUGCCGCCCACCACCACACUACCCAACGGCGAGGGGGCCAAGCCCAAGAAACUGGCCAUCGCCGAGUACAUCAGCAGAAACUUUUUUACUAAGAAGACGAAAGAAACAAUUCCUUCCACCUUUAGUGCUCCUGGCUGGAAGUUAUUUGGGAAAAUUCCUCCAAGGGAGAAUUCACAGAAAGAUUCCAAAACAAUACAGCAGGAUAGCUAUGGUUGCAGUCUUGCGUCAGUGUCUGCACCUAACCUGUUCAUGACAGGGGAAUAUGAAGCCCGAACUGGCCGAAUGACCAAGAUUCCACUGCAACGCCGACGUAAUCUUGAAUUUGAGCCACUCUCCACGACUGCAUUGAUCCUGGAAGAUCGACCAGCGCACCUACCUGCUAAAUCAGCUGAGGAAGCUCAAAGGCACAGACAAGAAUAUGAUGAAAUGGUGGCAGAAGCAAAGAAACGAGAGGUAAAAGAAGCACAGAGAAGAAAAAAAAUUAUGAAGGAGCGAUUCCGUCAGGAAGAAAACAUUGCUCAUGCCAUGAUUAUUUGGAACACAGAUAUUCUUCCCAACUGGGAGACGAUUCGAAAUACACGGAAGGUGCGGGAGCUGUGGUGGCAGGGUAUACCUCCGAGUGUCCGAGGGAAAGUGUGGAGUUUGGCAGUUGGCAACGAACUCAAUAUCACUCAUGAGCUUUAUGAAAUCUUCCUGUCCAGAGCUAAGGAGCGAUGGAAAAACUUCAGUGAGGUUGGAUCUGAGAAUGAAACUGAAGAACCUGGAGCAUCAGGAGCUGACAGGGAAGCAAGUCUUGAAUUGAUAAAGCUGGAUAUUUCCCGUACAUUCCCAUCUCUCUUCAUUUUCCAGAAGGGUGGACCAUAUCAUGACCUUCUUCACAGUGUUCUUGGGGCAUAUACCUGCUACAGGCCCGAUGUGGGAUAUGUCCAAGGAAUGUCUUUUGUUGCUGCUGUCCUCAUCCUUAAUUUAGAAGAAGCCGAUGCGUUCAUAGCCUUUGCCAACCUGUUGAACAAACCCUGUCAGCUGGCAUUUUUCCGUGUGGAUCAUGACAUGAUGUUGAAAUACUUUGCAUCAUUUGAAGUGUUUUUUGAGGAAAAUCUUCCAAAGCUUUUUGUGCACUUCAUGAAAAAUAGUUUGACUCCUGAUAUCUACCUUAUAGACUGGAUAUUUACACUCUAUAGUAAGUCACUCCCCCUGGACCUGGCUUGUCGAGUCUGGGAUGUCUUUUGCCGUGAUGGGGAAGAGUUUCUUUUUCGGACAGCACUGGGCAUUCUCAAGUUGUACGAGGAAAUUUUAGUGCAAAUGGAUUUUAUUCACAUAGCUCAAUUUCUUACCAAACUGCCUGAAGACAUCACAUCAGAAAAACUCUUUGCUUGCAUCACUACUGUUCAAAUGCACAGUAGUAACAAAAAAUGGACACAGGUGUUUGCUUCACUGAUGAAGGAAAACAGAGAGAUUGAGAAGAACCACAGUCCCGCCCUGAAGAGUUAAUAUUCCUUUAAGGACUUUUGAUGUUUGCAGGAGUUUGUUAGAAUUAAUGGUGUAGCAAUACUACAUGGGAAUUUCUUCAGUUCAUCUAUUUAAAGUUGUUGUCAGUUGGGGUUAAAGAACUGAAUAUUUUGGACUAUUGAUGACCCAAAGAUCUGUGUAUGUUGCACGCAUUGAUGGGAAGAGGUUAAAGGGGCAGUGGAGCUUCUUGUGGCUUUGCCCAGCAAAAAUAAUUGUUUACACUAGUGUCAGUAUUAAAUGAAAAGUGGAGCCCUGUGCAGAGUAGUUUAUUCUGCAUUUAUUAGCUGACUGAAAACUGAGAUGUAAAAUUUUGGAGCACUUAUAGACCAACCAUCUUACUAUACCAUGUUUCUGUGGCCCAGCAUACCUCCAAAGCCAGCUGAUUUCCAGAAACUACCUAACUUGGACCAAACGGAUUUUGAAUUGCUAUCCUGUUAUGUGUAGCUUUUUAGCCAUGAUCAUAUUUGGGAUUUUUUUUAACCUUUUUAAUACAAUCAUUUUGCUUUCAAGGAAUCUGAAAUAAAAAAAAACAAGGAAGGGAGAGCAUUCUAACCAGUACUCUUCUGUUUUGCAAGAACGCAUUUGUCAACCUGUUAGUGCAUAGUUUCAAAAUAUUACACAACAUUCUCUUUAAUAUUUUCAUGUAGUUCCUGUCUUCUGGAAAUCUGAUGAUUUUUUUUUCAUUCAAAUACUGAACUGUGGCAUUUAGUGAUUACUGAACUGUACUACAAUGAUUUUUAAAGACUUAUUUCAGUAAUAUCUGUUUAUUCUGGUGCUUUCAACAAUGGAACUAUGGGUGUUGUAUAAUCUCCAAGCUUACAGGUGAGUUACCAACAGAAUGGUAGAACUGUGAAAUGUCCAAGUUUAGAAAAUUCCAAAUAUGAUACUACUCCAGUGAAGUCGGUGUCUCUCAGCUGAUAAUUCUUUGUGAUUGUCCUCAGACAGGUGCUAUGGACUUGACAUGAGCAACUGUGUGUAUGUUUUAUAAUGUGCAAUACAGGAAACUCCCCAAAAUGGCAGUUCUUUGCACAAGUUUUGGAAUGUAAACCAUGAUAACAUUAAGUAACAUUUAUUUCAAAUCAGGUGAUGAAAUUUGAGAACCACAACCUGUGGCAGUGUAUAUAUUACAUUGCUCAGGACUUGUCUGCUCACAGUGCGGAAAUAGGAGGUGAAAUUAUUUGUUGGUAAUCACGAAAAAGCAGAGGGCUAAACUAUCAGGCUUUUUUUCUAACUUGAUGUAAUUUCUGCUGUGAAAAGUGACAGAUGUUUGUGUAAAUUUGAGAUUUGUCUCGUGUGCAAAUUAUAAAGUAUACUUUCUUACAUUUUUCUUUUUUUGUUAAUUUGAAAGGAUUUGUACUUUAUUUUGUAUUUUUAGCAAAACCAGCUCUUGUAUUCUCAUGUUGCAAGUUAAUAUUGAAUAUGAAUUCUGUAGGAAUUUUUACUUUUGAGAUUGUUUUGAAGUCUUUAAAGGAAUUGGCAUGUUCUAUAAGCAUUAAUGUACUACAGAUGGAGUGCAAAAUACUUUAAAAUGUAAGAUUUUUUAUUUAUAUAUCCUUUCAUUUAGUUAAAUGAAUUUCUUUAUCUUGCUUUCUAUUGUACAGAUUUCAUAUUGAAUACAAAUAUAAUGUAUAUGCAAAUUGUAUAUAGGAGGGAGACAGUCCACAAAUAAUACCACUAGACACCAGUUUCAUAUGUAAAUAAAGUAUGAAGUCAAGUGC